GAUGAUUCAUACUGGCCAGAUUCUAAAAGAAUGUCUUUGGAUGAUCGAUAUCAUGAUUUUGGAAGGCUGGAUCGUUAUCUAGACUUUGCAAAUAGAGACCGUGGGCGGUACAUGGAUCACAUGCACAAUGACAGGAGGGAUGACUCACGAUCUGGCAUGGGAGGGAAACAUAAUUAUCCAGAUCACCAUGGAAGAGAGAGCCGUGAAGUGUGGGGAGAGUACAAUAGACAUGUGCAUGAAGGAAGAGGUAUACCACCACAUGGAAGGGAUGGUCGGGAUUGGGGAGAUCAUGGACGUAAGAUGAAUACUUAUCCUUCAAGAUCUGUAGAUCGUGGCAUACCAGCUCCCACUGGGCAAGGACAUAUGAACAGAGGAGAAAUUCAUAGCGAUAUUCCCGUAAAUGAAAAUUCCCAAAAUAUGUCAGCUACAAUGGGACCUCAAGGUGGUGGAAACUUUGGACAAAACAGGCUGAAUGAUGCACAGUUUACACGUCGUUACUGAAAAAUGUAAAACUUGCGUUGAAGGGACAUUUCCAUCAGCAAGCAGUAUUUUCUUAAACUCUGUAUUCGUAGAAAAAAAAUUUUUUUGCUUUUAGAAUUUGACUUUGCUUUAAGCAGUACUAUACAACUGAAAAUUAAAUGUAAAUAUUGUCUUUUUGUAGCAGUCUACAUUAAUUUUAAGACUUCUUGUACAGAUUGGUAAUCUAUUGUUAGUUUACUGUUGCUGUGAGGGUAAGAUAUUAUCUGCAAGUUAAUUAUUGUAAUAGUAUGUGUAGAAUUGGGACAACAGUAUGACAGCUCUAUUGUUUUAUUGAUAGGUCUAGAUAAAGAUGCAUUAAUUAGUAUGACGUUUGAGGCUAUCAUUGAAUCUAUACAGACGGAACUCUUCGGUUGCAACAAUGGCCUGAUGGAAAAAAAUGUACUCUAUUAACUCAAACAUAAUUCCAUGUAGCACUUGUGUUUAAUAUUAAAAGCAUACAUUUGCUUUGAAGAGCUUUUUGAGCAUCUUGGAGAAAAAUCACUUUUUAAUCAGCACCAGAGUUCCGUCCCUCUAGUCUGAAAGCCUCUCCUUCCCCUGGUAGAUUGACAGGGCAGGACAUUUGUAUCCUGCUGCUGUCUGACCCUGUUUUCUUGUGCCUGUGCCAUGUGCCAGAUUUGUGGCUCAUUACAGCACAGAUUUUCUGUUCUGGCCACUAUUGGCCUCUUUUGUGAAUUCACCAACUUUCUGACACACAUUGCUGAUGAGAUAUUAAUGAUUCCAAAACGAAAGUAAUUGUUCUCUAUGUUGAACAGCUCAGCAAAGCAAAGUUAUGCUUUUAAUUGUCAACCCUAGCACUACAUGGAGCUAUGGGGAUCAUUUACUGUCCAGAAAUAUGCAGAUUGAGGCUCAAAGGUUCAAAAAAAAAAGUGGGCUAGGAAGCGGGCAGGCCCGUCUCAAUCAUUGUCUACGCCUGUUUUAUGCCAGCUCCUCUUCAUAACUUUGGUGGAUCCACCACCAGAUAUACAGGUUAAGACGGGCAUCUAAAACGUCUUAAUAAAUGACCCCCUAUGUUAAAGGGGUUCUGCUCUUUGUUUAAACUGAUGAUCUAUCCUCUGG